AUGAUGCAACCUGCCUCCCCUGAUCCAUCACCAAUAUACCCAGAACAGGAUCAAAUGCAAACAGAUAAUGCCACUGAAAUCUCUUCAGAGUAUUCAGAACAACCACAAAUUCAAAUCAGCUCUCCUCCGCAUGAGCCCAUCCAAAACUCCAACGAGUUAUCUCCUGACAAGCUUGGCGAAGAAAAUGUCGUUUGUCGCUGGAACAACUGCAUGAGUCCAUUCAAUAGCCAUUCUGACCUAGCGAAUCAUCUCUCUAAAGUACACAUCGGCUGGAAAAGGCCUGACUAUUAUUGUGAAUGGGAUGGAUUCAGUCGCAUGGAUGCUAUGCUUAAACACAAGAAAUCAGAACAUGAUGAACCUAGAACUUCACCAGUUGCACGAGUAGCUUCUGCUGCUAAAGGUGGAAAACCAGGCCGAAAAGUCGUUUCGUCGCCUGUGAAGCAUCAGCGAACAGAAGAAACUCACGAAACAAAAAGUAAGCGAAAGAAGAUUAAUGAUGACCGAACGCUAUCUACCCAUCGACCAAACACGGCACUACGACCCUUGUCUGAUGAUGAAGCGGAAUCCACCCUCAGUUUCCAAGACAAGUACCGACUGGCUAAAGCAAAGUUAAGCUAUAUUACACAAGAGAACGAAAUGCUGACCGACGAAUGCAAUGAUCUAGAAAAGAAGCUGAGACGGUUACGGACGGAAAGAAGAAUAUUACUUGAUGUGUUAUAUAGAGCCGAAAUGGGCGGUGAUGAUGACGAAGACGCUGACAAGCAAGAUGUGGCUAUAGAUGGUGAAGACGACGACGACGACGACGAGAUUGAUGAUGAGGAGGAAUUGUAA